AUGAGUGUGGCACCGUGGACCCUGGGGCUUUACCGGUUCUUCGCCGAUGUUCCCCUUCGCAUAAAGAACCGACCUCUUCCUCCUCCGACUCCGACACUUCGUCUCCUCGUACGCUUUUACCCAACCUCUCUUCUCAGUCGUUCAUCGCUCCGUCUGGACUGGUGGACCGCUGGUUUCAUGGAGAUCCCAACCAAAUUGCCCUUUUCUAAACGCAAGCUCCGACCGCGAGUGAUCUUCUCGUACAUCUUCGACUAUGUGCUCAUCGUCAUCUGCGUGGUCGGCUUCUGGAUCCUCGACAAGAUUGAACCGUUCCAUCAACAUUUCUCCCUGCAGAACAUCUCUCUUCAAUAUCCCUUUGCCGUGCACGAACGGAUCCCAAUCUACCUCGCCGUCUGCAUCUCCGCCGGCUUUCCCAUCGUCCUGAUCAUCGUGUACACGCUCUUUAUCGAUGGCCUCUUCUCUCACCAUAAACAAGACCCGGCUUUCGGCAAGCGGAAGAUGCGGGGUCCCUGGCGCUGGAAGGAUCGAUUGUGGGAGCUGAACUGUGGCAUCCUCGGUCUUCUCUUGUCGCAAUCUCUGGCCUUUGUCAUCACUCAAGUGCUCAAGAAUGCAUGCGGCAAGCCGCGUCCCGAUUUGAUUGAUCGCUGCCAGCCUCGCCCAGGGAGUCAUGAUCUACUCGUGUACGGGUUGUCAAACUCGACCAUCUGCACGGGAGAUCCCAAGCUCAUCAAGGAUGGCUUUCGCUCGUGGCCUUCAGCGGAUUGGUUGACAGGGCAUAGCAGCUCCUCCUUUGCCGGACUCUUUUACACCUCACUUUGGCUGGGCGGCAAGCUUCACAUCAUGGACAACCGCGGUGAAGCCUGGAAAAGCUUCCUGGUCAUGGUGCCGAUUCUCGCGGCCACCUUGAUUGCCGUGUCUCGUAUCAUGGAUGCCCGUCACCAUCCCUUUGAUGUGAUCACGGGCUCCUUGCUGGGUAUUGCCUGUGCCAUUGUGUCCUACAGCCAGUACUUCCCUCCCCUCAGUGAAGCCUGGCGCAAGGGUCGAGCGUAUCCCAUCCGCACCUGGGGCACGGAGCCCGCCUAUCCUGCCGAUCCAGGGUUGGGAGAAUUCACCAACAAUAGCACAUCAGCUCUUCGCAACCCCGAACAAGAUCGCUUGACCCACGCCGGGGGACGGGAGCGCUCUACCUCCCCGUUGGGUCGCCCCGUGCCCCCGGCAGCCCCGGGCUAUUCCGCAGCGAGCAACCCGUUCAACCCUCAGGCCUAUCCCCGUCGUCGCCAUGACCAGGAUCCCGACGGGAACUGGUCCUCGAGUGAAGACGAUGUGGGUAAUGGGUAUGAGAUGCAGCAUGACUAUGCGAUGGCCCAGAAUCCGGGGAUGCCCGGGGGGUAUUCGUCUGCCGCGGGCGCGCCCACAGCAUAUUCAUCUCAGACGGCCGCGGCCGGGAUGGGUGUACCCACGGCGUAUCAGGGAGCUGGCAAUCCGCCCAACCGCGGGCGACACUUGACCGAUGCGCCUAUGCGUGAUCUGUGA